AUGGCGGACAACAGGAGCAUUAGCUUGGAGGAUAUCAAGAAAGAAAACGUUGAUCUUGAGAACAUACCAGUGGAAGAAGUAUUCAUGACCCUACAAUGUUCAAAGGAGGGACUAACCACAUCUGAAGCUGAAAGGAGGCUGCAAGAAAGCAAGCUCCUCAAGUUUUUGGGUUUCAUGUGGAACCCACUGUCAUGGGUCAUGGAAAUAGCUGCAAUCAUGGCCAUUGUUUUGGCCAAUGGACAGACGACCGACGGCCCUUCCGUGGCUAGGGAGAUGGCGGAUCUGCAGGCACCAAUCCGAGCCAUACACCCUAAGAGGCCACGGAAACAGCGGGAAGAAGAUCCCCCAGCCCCAACUCGGUGGAAAUCGGCCCCGACGACGCAGUUGAAGGUUGCCGGUGAAGGAGGGGUAGCAAAAAUAAUGGAUCUGGGCAAGCCUCCAGAUUGGCAAGACUUUGUGGGCAUAAUGGCGUUGCUCAUCAUCAACUCCACAAUCAGCUUCAUUGAAGAGAACAACGCCGGCAAUGCCGCUGCCGCCCUUAUGGCCGGUCUUGCCCCCAAGACUAAGGUGUUGCGAGAUGGGAGGUGGAGCGAGCAGGAAGCAGCGAUCCUAGUGCCCGGGGACGUGGUGAGCAUAAAAUUAGGCGACAUAAUCCCAGCAGACGCUCGGCUCUUAGAUGGAGACCCCCUGAAGAUUGACCAGUCAGCCCUAACAGGAGAGUCCCUCCCCGUGACCAAGCACCCGGGGAGCGGCGUCUACUCAGGCUCAACUUGCAAGCAGGGAGAGAUCGAGGCCGUGGUUAUUGCAACCGGGAUCAACACCUUCUUCGGCAAGGCGGCACACUUGGUGGACAGCACCCAGAACGUGGGCCACUUUCAGAUUGUGCUCACGGCCAUCGGCAACUUCUGCAUCUGCUCCAUUGCGCUCGGGAUUGUGAUAGAGUUGGUGGUGAUGUUCCCGAUACAGAAGAGAAGAUACAGGGACGGGAUAGAUAAUCUUCUGGUGCUGUUGAUUGGUGGGAUCCCUAUUGCUAUGCCCACUGUGCUGUCGGUCACCAUGGCAAUUGGGUCCCACAGGCUGUCGCAGCAAGGGGCAAUAACUAAGAGGAUGACGGCUAUUGAGGAGAUGGCUGGGAUGGACGUGCUCUGCAGUGACAAGACUGGCACACUUACCCUUAACAAGCUCACUGUUGAUAAAUCCUUGAUCGAGGUCUUUGUAAGAGAUUUGGACAAGGAGCAGGUCAUAUUGGCCGGGGCUAGAGCUUCUAGGGUGGAAAAUCAGGACGCUAUUGACGCUUGCAUUGUUAAUAUGCUACCUGAUCCCCGUGAGACAAGAGCAGGGAUUACUGAAGUGCAUUUCCUUCCAUUUAAUCCUGUCGAAAAGCGCACCGCCAUUACUUACGUGGACGCCAAUGGUAACUGGCACCGAGCUAGCAAAGGUGCACCCGAACAGAUCAUCGAGCUGUGUGGGCUCAGAGAAGAUGUGAAGAGAAAAGUCCACUCCAUCAUUGACAAGUUCGCUGAGCGCGGCCUUCGAUCUCUUGCUGUCGCUCAACAGGAUGUACCAGAGAAGACCAAGGAGAGCCCUGGUAGUCCAUGGGUCUUUGUGGGCCUGCUUCCGCUCUUUGAUCCACCGAGGCAUGACAGUGGGGAGACAAUCAAACGAGCCUUGAACCUUGGUGUAAACGUGAAGAUGAUCACGGGCGACCAGCUGGCAAUUGCCAAGGAAACUGGCCGUAGGCUUGGGAUGGGCACAAAUAUGUACCCGUCAUCGUCCCUUCUUGGACAGCACAAAGACGCAAGCAUCGCCCACCUCCCUGUCGAGGAGCUCAUCGAGAAAGCUGAUGGCUUUGCCGGCGUUUUCCCUGAGCACAAGUACGAGAUCGUGAAGAAGUUACAAGAGAGGAAUCACAUAUGCGGGAUGACGGGAGAUGGGGUAAAUGACGCCCCUGCCCUUAAAAAGGCAGACAUCGGAAUCGCGGUGGCAGAUGCAACCGACGCAGCGCGUAGCGCAUCUGACAUUGUUCUCACCGAGCCCGGCCUCAGUGUGAUCGUGAGCGCGGUUCUCACUUCUCGGGCAAUCUUCCAGCGCAUGAAGAACUACACCAUCUAUGCUGUGUCCAUCACAAUCCGCAUCGUGCUGGGUUUCAUGCUUCUCGCCCUCAUCUGGAAAUUCGACUUCUCCCCAUUCAUGGUCCUCAUCAUCGCCAUACUCAACGACGGCACAAUCAUGACCAUAUCAAAGGACAAGGUUCGUCCGUCCCCAAUGCCCGACUCAUGGAAGCUCAAGGAGAUAUUUGCCACUGGGGUCGUCUUUGGGGCCUACCUUGCCAUCAUGACAGUCGUCUUUUUCUGGGCCGCCCACCAGUCAAAUUUUUUUACUGACAAAUUUGGGGUGCACUCGAUCAGGGACAACUACAGAGAGCUUAACUCGGCUGUCUAUCUCCAAGUCAGCAUAGUCAGCCAGGCUCUCAUCUUCGUCACCCGCUCCAGGAGUUGGUCUUACGUUGAGCGCCCUGGACUUCUUCUUGUCUUCGCGUUCUUCGUGGCACAGAUGAGGGAGAUACACACUCUGAAGGGGCACGUUGAAGCAGUUGUGAAGCUUAAGGGCCUGGAUGUGGAGACCAUUAACCAAAACUACACAGUUUGA